GCGGAGCCGAGCCGCGCCGAGCCCAGCCGCGCCGCGCCGCGCCGAGCGGAGGGAGCAUUGUGAGGGCGGGCGGACGGACGGACGGACGGAGGGAGACGGACGCCGCGAGCAGCGCCGAGCGCCGCAUUCCCCGCUGAGGCCGCCGCCGCCCCCCCCCCCCCCCCCAGCAGCAUGUCGGGCCGGUCGGUGCGGGCCGAGACCCGGAGCCGGGCGAAGGAUGAUAUCAAACGGGUGAUGGCGGCCAUCGAGAAAGUGCGCAAAUGGGAGAAGAAGUGGGUGACAGUUGGCGACACAUCCCUGAGGAUUUACAAAUGGGUACCAGUAACAGAGCCUAAAGUCGAUGAUAAAAAUAAGAAUAAGAAAAAAGGCAAAGAUGAAAAAUGUGGCUCUGAAGUGACCACUCCAGAGAACAGCUCCUCUCCAGGGAUGAUGGACAUGCAUGAUGACAAUAGCAACCAGAGUUCAAUAGCAGAUGCUUCUCCAAUAAAACAAGAAAACAGUAGUAAUUCAAGUCCAGCACCAGAACAGAACUUGGCAACACAAGCAGACGGCACUGAAGUAAAGUCUGAUGAAACUCAGACAGAAGCAAAGGAGCAGCCUGGUUCAGAAGAUACCUCUGAUGAACAGAAUUCACAGUCUUCAAUGGAAAAUUCCAUGAAUAGUUCAGAGAAAGCAGAAAUUCAGUCCUCUGGAGAAAAUGAUAUAAUUACAGAGGCAUCUAAAAACUCUCAGGACUCUGAAGGAGUGCCACCUUCUAAAAAGAUGAAAGUAGAGGCUUCCCAACAAAAUGUUGAAGAGAUUUAGACUAUAGAUUUUUCUGGUCAGUUUUUAUGUAAGGUACAUCAGUGGGCUUAAUUAUAGAACAACCUUACUUAAGCAUCUUCUCUUGGAUGAGGACAGAACUCCUAACUUUUCAAGUUACCAAGCAAAAAUCCAAGAAAGCCUAACAAAGGUUUAACUUCUCAGACACUGAAAACUUUUUCCUGUGAAACAAAACAUUGAGAACUUUUAAGUUACUGUCUCUGAAAUGGUUGGAGUAAACAACUCAGGAGGGGUCUACGCACUGUUUCUAAAGUCAAAAUUACAAUUAUGUUGCUGCUGUAUUUUUUUUUUUUUUUUUUUUCAUUUCUCUAUUUAACAUUGUAAGAUAUUUAAGGAUGGUACAGGUCAGGUAUUAGCUUUCAUGUGAAGUUCAUUGUUCUGGCGUGAUGUCUGCUUUUGUUUUGUGCCUUGUGUUCUGAAAACAGUGCUAACUUUUAAAAGUUGUUUUGCAACUGUCUCCUUUGCAAAGUGGCCUAUGUUUGUAUAAUGCCAUGUAGUAAGGCUUUUUUUUUUUUUUUUUUCUUUUUUGUUUGGGGUUUUUGUUCUGUUUUUAAUUUUUAAAUCCCUGGUGCUUAAAUUUUUAACAAAUACAGAUCAGGAAGCCAUUUUCACUCUUGGAGUCCAAGGAGAAAAAGGAGCUUGAUAUUUUAUUUUAGCAGCUAUAGUGGAGAUCUUUUAUUGAAUGCAUGGCAUUCGCAACUGUAAAUUUGGUCUUCUAAAUACUUAACUUCAUCAGAAGUUAACAUGAUCUGUUUACCAUUUAUAGUCCAGAUCUGAAUAUAUACUAUAACACAGCAGUUAAAAUACUUGCGUAUUAGGUCCAGAUCUCUGUACUGGGUACAACUUGCUUUACAGAAAAGUUCCACUAUGUACAUAAAUAGGAUCAAAGGGAUUGAUGCACAGUGAAUUUAUUUUCAAUUGGUCUUUUUUGAUACCGUGUUUUCAUUGAACUGGAUUUCAUUGUACUGUUUCUUUAUAAGAUGUUUACUUCUAUGUUCCAGGUUAAUACUGUAUUUGGGGUUUCUUUUUUUCUUUCAGCAAGUCUUGUAAAUAAGCCUUGUUUCCAUAGUCCCUACAUCAUUGUUAGAAAUGUUCCUUCUUUUACAAUUAUGUUGAAGUGUGCUUAUGCUAAACUUGAUUGAAAGGCACGAAGUAUGUGCAACUCCCUUCAAAUUUGUGGCAUAUAGAAGUGCAGAACCAUCUGCAUCAGGGCACAAGGGCCUGAUCUUACAGUGGGCUUUGUACUUCCAGGGUGAGCUCCCAGUUGCAAAUAGCUGGUGUCGGUGGGAACCACUUAUUUCUCACCUCAGUACACGCACGCGCGUGUACAUACAUACAUACGUACAUAUUGCUGGAUUGGGCCCUUAGUCUGUCUUCACUUUGUGUGGGAGAUGGAACUUGUAAUUUAAAAUAUGAUCUCACAGCUAUGAAAAUGGUUGCAUAUAGUUUGUAAGCUAGGAACUGUAAAUACUUUUUUAAAUGAAAAAAAAUUGCUUCCAGUUGAUACAUUUUCAUAAUUAGCUCUUCAUUAAGCUUAUUUAUUUCUGAAUUCUCCAAUAGUGAAAAUGGCUUGCACUUAGACUACUGCAUUGCGUUUGCAAUUACCACUUUAUUAUGAAAAACAAUGGGGAAGUGGGGGGAGGGAAUAGAGGGAGGGAGGAGUGGGGAGCCAAUACUGACCUUCCAUAAGAUGUUUUUAGGAUUGAACUCCAAAUAACGUAUGACACUCAUUUUCGGAACCUUAUGUUGAAAUAAAACUUUUUGGAUUUUAACUGAAUAAAAUUUGCAAAUCAUUCAUGAAAACAGUGUGCUCCCUAGUAAGUUUCUGGGAUUUCUGGUCUGAUCAUGAAGUCCAUUAACAUUCUGAAAAUAAAGAAAUGAGGAGCCAAAAACUAUAUUUGCACAAUAUAUGCAAUGAAACGGUAGAAUUCUCUCUUGAAUUGUGUGUAUGCCUAAAAUGUGGAUAACUGGUCAAUGACGAUUGAUUUGUAUGUAUAUUACAUUCAGAUUUAAGUGAUAUUUUGUGAGAAGUUCUAUUGAUAUAUUAAAUGGGCAAAUCUAGAAAGAUUCAAACUUUAAAAUAUUUUUGAUUUACUAACUUUUUGUUGUUUUUAAUGCUAAAACAAAACAAAUCUGAUGCCACCUUUGACAAGUAGUCAUGUUUACUAAUCCCUAUCUUCAGGUGCAUCGCAGCAAGUUUUUAAUUUUAAUUUUGUAGGUGUUUCCAAGGGAGUAAAUAGACUUUUCGUUUAGAAACUAAUUCCUGUACUUUAGGGAAGAAAUAAAAUAUAUAAAUAGCACUAAAAAUACCUCAAAUUUUUCAUUAGAUAGAAGCAUUUAUUGGCAUUAUUGACAUCAACAGGUUUAAUUAUAAACUUCCUUUUCUCUCCUGUGGCUUCUGCUCAGAACUGUUCAUUGUUCUGUGGCUUACAAGACAAGGCGUCAUAACCAUAUUCCUAGAGGCUUUAUUUCUAAAGUAGUAAUGCUUUAUUUACAGCUUAUACAGAAUACAUUCAGAACUUUUUUUUUUAACCAGAGAUUCUAGUGACAACAGACAACUGAACAAGCAGAUAGAUUUGGGUUCCUUAGACCUGUUAUUGUCAGUCUCUAAGGGAAGAGACUUUGACAUUAUCUGGUAUGAAGAAAUCCAAAAUAGUGUAUAAGACUGUUAUUAGUCUUUUUUUGAAGUGCCUGAUAACAUUUAUGGGCCAACGGAUGUGAUUAAACACAUUUUAAUGCCAGAAAGUACAGAUGGGACCAAACCAGAACAUCGAAUUCAAAUCAACCUGAGGUUUGAAACCAGAUCUAAAUCCAGCUUUUUUUGGCUUGGACCUAUCUCUACCAGAAACUUGUUUUAUGAACUCACUGUAAAAGGGUUUAUUGAAAGCAUUGAGACGUGGAGCAGACGGAGAGAUGUAAUUUUUUUCAAGACGACUGAAAGUUCUCAUACAGCUAAUGUUUUAGAAGUAGUGCAAAUAUCAAGAAGUGCUUCCUUGCUACAAUGCUGAAUGUUGGAGCUUCAGUUACAAAUAAAUACAAAAAAAAGAAAGAAAAAAAAAAAAAAAAAAAAAAAAAAAGAAACUAGAAGCAAGCAAGUAAAUUAGCUGAGUUUGUGGAACAUGUGGGAAGGCCUUCCGAAUAAGCGAUUUACUCAGCCAAACAUUUUAUAGCAGAACUAUUCCUUGGAAUUUUUAUGCUUGGGAAAGUAGUUGUUAAACAUUCCAAAAAGUGCUGGCACUUACAAAACAACAAAAAAUAAUCAACAAGGCAGUAUAAAAUAUUGGUUUUGGGUGGCUAUCUUCAUACAUAAACAUUGUCAUGUUUUGGAAUGUUCUUUAUAUCUAAGGGCCUGUUAGAAGGUGUAAAGAAUUUUGUUUUCUUCAAUACCUAAUCGUUUUCCAUCUUAUGAUUUGUGUGUGUGUGUUGUACAGCAGUAUAAUUUUUCACUUAUUUAUUCCAUCGGUAGUUAUGGUUUGUACAAUGUACAAUGGUUUCAUUUCAAAAAUAAAAUAAAAAAUCACAACAUGAA